AUGUCUACCUCAAACAAUGCUCCUGGCUCAUCCUCCUCCAACAACAACAACAACUCCUUAAACACCAUCUCGCUCUUGAGCAUCUAUUCUAAGGUCACAUUCGAUGGCACCAACUUUAAUGAUUGGAUGCGCAACAUUAGGAUGACCUUGCGAUUCGACGACAAGGAAUAUGUUCUCGAGAAAGAGAUGAAUGAGAUAGAUGAAUCUAAAGCUACUCCUGAAGAAAUAGUUGACUAUAAGACCCACUGCAAAGAUGCUACCAAAGUGUCAUGCAUCAUGGUGGCAACUAUGACUCCUGAGCUACAACGGUUUUAUGAGGACUAUUGGACUUAUGAGAUGUGCAAGGACUUGAUAGAGAAGUACCAUCAAAGAGCACGUCAAGAAAGGUACGAGAUAUUCAAGUCACUCACAACUAGCAAGAUAAAGGACGGAGAGUCCAUCACGACCCACUUGCAAUGCAUGCAAUGCUAUGUAGAUCGUUUGUUGAAACUCAACAUGAAUUUCGAUGAGGAAUUGGCUAUUGAUAUAGUCUUGCACUCAUUGCCUAGUUGUUAUGAUCACUUCAUAAUGACUUAUCAUUUGAACAAAGAGGAAACCACGUUGAGCCAACUCCAAAUCUUGCUGAGAACUGCUGAGAGUGGAAUGAAGGGAAAGGGUAUUGCCUCCACUCCCACUGCUGCUGCUCCAGUCAUGGAAAUUGGGCAAGGGAAGGGGAAAAAGAGGAAAGCUCCCUCGAAGCAAAACUAG